GGGGGAUCGCUGGGGGCAGGGAACCUCCUGGUUGUUGACAGUAAAUCUGAAAGCUGCCUCAAGGAUCCCCAAAGAGGAAGCUGAGCCCGAGCCAGUAUUAAGAGGCUGCCGCGGGGUGGGGUUUCGCAAGACAGGAAAAGUGGGUGCGCAGUGACAUCCUCGUGAACCCUUCCGAAAACCACGACUUUCUGAUCCCAGACUCUGGGAGCUGCGCUCCGGGCCUCUGACGGUUGGCCCGGCCCACGCCAUCGCUGCCGGCUUUGGGGCCCCAAGUCUGGGGACGUCGCGCUUUUUCCCAAAGGCCGAGAAGCGAAGCGCUGGUUCGGGAGCCUCAGUGUCUGUCCGGGCCCCAGAAAGUGGGUCUUCCCUGAGUUUUGCUGGUCCCCUGUCCCGCAAUGAAGAGUUCCGGGCGGAUGCUCCUGGCGGCCAGCCUCCUCUUCCUCUUCCCUGCCCCCACCCCCUGCUCUUCGGCUCCCAGGGCCCCGAGCGGCCCCCAGCUCUCCCACGGACACGCGUGCUUAGGAUGUGUGCUGAUCGUGUCCGUAGUGGAACAACUGGCGCAAGUCCACAAUUCCACCGUGCGGGAGGAGAUGGAGAGACUGUGCAGCUUCCUCCCUGAAAAGCUCUUCCUGAAAAGCAUCUGCUUCCUCACAGCAGAAAUCUUUGGACCGGACAUCAUCAAACUGCUGAGUCUGAAGCUGAACGCGGAUGUGGUCUGCCAUGCCCUCCACUUCUGUAAGCAGGAGCCCGGGCAGCCCCUCUGCCACCUGUACAACCCUCCCCAGGGGGGCCUGAAGCACGCGCUGAGCAGAGCCAGCAGGAGCCUCCAAUACACGCCACCCUGGACCAGUCCUGGGGAUAGGACGGGGAUCUGUUCCAUCCCUGCUUUGGCCAAGAUCUGCCAGAAAAUUGAACACGUUGUGAACACGAGCCUGCCCUGGGAGGACGCGGACGGGGACAAGCACAGCGCCUUCCCCACUUUGAGAGGCUUUUACUGGAGAGGGAGAGACUGCGAUGACAGGAACAGGGACGUCUACCCCGGCCGCCGGCCGGAGAACUGGGACUCGCGGCAGGAUUCCAACUGCAAUGGCAUUUGGGGAACAGAUCCAAAAGAUGGCAUCCCAUACGAGAAGAAAUUCUGUGAAGGUUCAGAAGCCAAGGGUCUCAUUGUGCUGGGGGACUCGGCCGCAGCCCAUUUCCACAUACCCCCAGAGUGGCUGACAGCGGCACACAUGUCUGCGCAAACGUUCUCCAAUCUGCCGACGGCUUUGAGCAAUGAGUUAGACUGGCCCCAGCUCUCCGGCAUGACCGGGUUUCUGAAUUCUGCCGGCAGAUCCCCUGACAACUCUGUUUAUCUGCGCCUUCGUCAGAGAAACCGCUGCAACCACCGAGACUACCAGAACAUUUCUAGAAACGGCGCUUCUUCCGGGAACCUUCGGAAGUUCUUGGGAAGCUUGUCCAGAAACCAGCUGUUGGAUCAGCCGGCCCUCGUGGUCUACACCAUGCUGGGGAACGACGUGUGCAACGGGAAGAACAACACGGAGUCGGAGAUGAGCACCCCGGAGGCCCUGCGAGCUCACGUCCUGGACACGCUGGCCUUCCUCGAUUCCCGCCUCCCCCGGGGCAGCCACGUGGUCCUCUCCGGCCUGGCGGGCGGGCGCUUCCUCUGGGACACCCUGCACGCUCGCCUCCAUCCUCUGGGCCAGCUGAACAGGGACGUCACCUACAAGCAGCUCUACGCCUUCCUCAGCUGCCUCCAGGUGAACCCCUGCCGGGGCUGGAUGACCGCCAACGAGACUCUGCGAACUCUGACCUCUCAACGGGCCCUGCAACUUUCCAAGGUUCUGCAAGAAAUCGCAGCCAGUGAGAAAUUCGCCAGCUUGAGCCUCCUGUACCUGGAUUACCCUUUAAGAGAAAGCAGCCUCGCAGCUCGCCGCAGAGUUCUUCUGGGAGAAAGUGCUCCGGCGGUGGCCCCACGUCCUCGGGAAGGAGAAUCCGUUCAACGCCCGGAUCGAGCGGCUGUUUGGGGAUCAGGGAGGUCACUGAGGGCCGCGGCCUCGGGCGCACUCGGACCGUCAGCACCCGAGCGGGACGACGGCCCCGGUCUCAGCCCCCCGGGAUCUCCCGGCCCUCGGCGCCCAUGGCCAGCCCCACGCCAGAGGCCCCAGGGCCGCAGACAGCCUCGCCCCUCCCCUUCCUCCCGCUCCACGCGGCCGGGUGCCCCUGAGCCACCCCAGUGAUGGCGCCCCCUAGGGUUUCUCCAUGGGACUGAUUCUCCUCUGCUCGGCACCGAGACGCCUCCCUUAGACGUAAACGUCCCGGGCAAGGAUUAUUUUUGUGUCCUCGUCCCCCUGCCGAGCCCAAGGCGCGGGUGGUGCGGCGGGCAGAGCCUGGAACCGGGAGGUCCGAUUCGGUCUCCGCCGCUCACUGUGGGCCCUGGGGAUGUCCCUUAAGUCCUGUUUGCCUCAGUUUCCUCUGCUGCAAAAUGGGGGCAGUAACGGCCCCCGCCCCCCGGGGCUGCCGUGAGGACAAAAUGAAGCAGCGCGUGCGGCCCCUGACACAUAGCAGGUGCGCUAUGAGACUAUUCCGCGGCCUCGCUCACAGGAGCUUGUGGGAUGUGAGUAAAGUGCAUUAAAGCGGGCUCCCCCUCCC